UAGGACGCGCUUCUCAGAGUGGGCAGCUGGACACGCACUUUAGAGCUGAAGACAAAGACAAACCAGAUCUAACAAAAUGAAGCUGGUGUUGUUCGCAGCAGCUGUUGCAGCACUCUACUGCUUGGUAGACUCCAAACACACUCCUCCCAAGGUCCAAGUCUACAGCCGUAACCCAGGACAGUUCGGAAAUGAGAACACCCUGAUUUGCCAUGUGAGCAACUUCCACCCCCCAGACAUCACCAUCGAGCUGCUGAAGAAUGGUGCCGAACUCCCUGAUGCGACCCAGACCGACCUGGCCUUCAAACACGACUGGCACUUCCAUCUGACCAAAAGCGCUCCCUUCACGCCAGCAGAGGGAACCAAGUAUACCUGCCGAGUCACUCAUGGAGGGGUCAGCAAAGACUAUGAAUGGGAACCAAAGAUGUAACCGUCAGUGGAGGCCCUGAUUGAGUGAAGUCCUCUCCAUGCGUCUGCUGUUAUUCAUCAUACCUUCAAUGAACAGGAUAACUUUUUCUUCUGACUUUCACACUUUUUUUUCUCACCAAAAAAAAAAAAGCUCUCACAUUUAGCUGACAACAAAUUUUGAGUUGAUAUCUGAGUAUGACUUAUGGUAGGGGAUGCAGGUUAUUUGACCAAUUAUUUUUGUAUGAUAUGAAAUAUCUUGUGUUUGAUAAGAAAAAAUGAUGUGCGUCUAACGCUGAAAUGCUCUUUUGAUUCUGUUUCUGCCUAAAUAACUUUUCAAAAUACUAAGCGUUCAAUAUUACAUGACGGGUUUUCUGUCCGAAGUGUUUGCUGGAAUUCUGCUGAAAUGUAUAAAAUAUGUGCUCAUCCCCUCUUUGAAAUAAAUUAAUCUGAAAAAUG